AUGAAGACUCCUCGUCGUGAUUCCUCACCUUACUCGUCGGUUGCUUCAGCUUCUGUCCCGAUAGAUGUGACACUCCAGUCUGCUCUAGGGGUGCACACAAAGCUGCUAGUAUCUGAUCUUGAUUGCAUGACUUCCUCACAGAUGGAGUAUGCAAUUAAGCCGCUUCGCGAGGUCGCUAACUCCUUGCAAGGCUGGAUGGUGCAUAUUGGGAGCUUUCUAGAGCGCGCAGAGGCUACUCUGCAAAGGUUCCCUCUUGCACAGGCUCCCGUGGUUGAUUCUUCUGUUGGCUUUAUGGAUGAGGUGGUUGCGAAGCUCUUUGGUAGCUUCUCGCCCCGUGUUGGGUCUAGUUUGACGCCCCUUGUGUUGCAGGACUCCGUGGGUGAGGCAUCUGUCGAGGUUGUGUCUUCGGUGCUGCAGAUCAUGCCCGAGUUGCAGGUGUUGUGUGGGGAAGAUGUUUCGCCUGCGUCGAUGGAGCAACUCAAGUUGGGCUCUCUGCAGGCUUCGAAGGUGGACCAUGUGUCCUCACCACCACCCGUGGAGCCUUGUCAGGCUUCGGACGUGGACUUGGUGCCCUCACCACCACCCGUGGAGCCUUGUCAGGGGUCAGACAACCUACCUCUCAGCAUCGUGGAGCACGGAGUUUUUGAUGUUGCUGCCCUUCCUUCGUCUACGACCGCCGGGCAAGUGAUGCCUUUGAGUGGCAUGACCAUUGAGCCACUUGUGUUGGCACCUACUCCAAAUCUAAAUGAUCUUUUCGUGAAGGAAAUCUGA